UGAUUGGUGAACCGCUGUGCACCGUAUGAAUGGACGCUUGUAUUGUUCGACGUCCUCCCGAAGCUUGAGCGAACUUUACCGGAUCAAACUGCUGCAACGCGACUCUUUCUUUUCUCCUUCUCCUUAAUUCGACCCACGAACUGUUGGGCUGUGAAACCAGCGCGUGAAGGAGGUGCAGAAAAGGAAACCGGCUCGUUGACGCCACGUUGAACGAGGCUAAGUUCAGCUGAGAACCAGUGUGGGUGCAGGACCGGAGAGCCAGCACUCCGCCGGGCCUGGAGAUGGGGGAUCCAGAGCCUCCUGAGUUUGGGUCCCUGGAGGAGGAGCUGGAGCACUGGAAGGAUCAAGCUGCCAGGCACCAACAGAGUGCGGAUGAAGCCCAAGAGGAGCUGCAGGAGUUUCAGCAGAUGAGCCGAGACUACGAGGGGGAGCUGGAGACGGAGCUGAAACAGUGUGAGGCGCGAAACCGCGAGCUGCUUGCCACCAACAGCCGCCUUCAUAUGGAACUAGAAAACUACAAGGAGAAGUAUGAGAUGCAUCACUCCGAGGCCUGUCGGCAAAUCUCCAGCCUGGAGGGAGACCUGGCUGAGACCACGGCCGUCAGAGACCAUCUUCACAAAUACAUCAGAGAGCUGGAGCAGGCCAACGAUGACCUGGAGAGAACCAAGAGGGCAACCAUCAUGUCACUGGAGGACUUUGAGCAGAGGAUGAACCAGGUGAUAGAGAGAAAUGCUUUCCUCGAGAGCGAGCUGGACGAGAAGGAGAAUCUGCUGGAGUCUGUUCAACGACUGAAGGACGAAGCCAGAGACCUAAGACAGGAGCUGGCAGUGCAACAGAAACAGCAGGUACAGGACAGGAAGCCGUCUCUCAGCAAUGUCGUCAAAGAGCUUCCAUCAUCUUCCUCCACGGCCGGGCUGCCCACCCCUCCUCUCACCCCUGCAGAUAAAGGAACUGAGGAGAAAACCACGUCUUUGCCCUCUAACCAGCCCAUCCCCUCUGCCACCACCACUACGCCGUCCAGACCUCCAGCCCAGACUGACUACUUCACCACACCUCCGCCCUCCAGCAGCAGAGGUGAAAGCCUUUCAGCGACCCCUCUCACCACCUCGGCGAGAAUCUCGGCCCUCAACAUCGUUGGGGAGCUCCUGAGGAAAGUCGGGAACCUCGAGUCCAAGCUGGCAUCGUGUCGGGAAUACGUCAACGAACAGACAGCUAAUCGCAGAGGUCAAGCCGGAGGACAGGGGGUGCCGGCGGCCCAGAACUCCUCAGAAACCCAUCCCACCAACGGCCUUUACAACAAGGGGCUGGUGAAGAGGUUAGACUUUGGAGCGGGACACAAGCUGCUGCUGUGAAAGUGAAGACAUCCCCCACCUCUGUGGUCUGAGCUGCUCUCCUCCUCCUGUCCGUCCAGCCUGGACCCCUCAAGCACGUAACGGUACCGUGCCUCGCACAUUAUAAUGGUGGUUUCUGCUUCAGGACACAGGACGUUCUAACCGGAAGCUUCAGUGGUGAAAUGGAUGGAAAUGUUACUGCAGGUACUCUGGGAUGUCUUUGUCACCUGCUCAAAUCUUUUCAGCACUCGCACUUAGCUUGAUAUACCUUCUUGGACUCGCGCUGCAUGUGUCCACCUCACCUUCUUUGUUUGGAUUUGUCAAUUAUUUUGUGUGUGUGUGUUUUUUUUAUGUGUGUGUGUGUUUCACUCUAAAGGUGUGUUCAGUGAAUCUUUACCGAGAGAAUUAAAGUGUUUAGUGAUAUAAGGAGACCAGGAUUCAUCCACUCAAAUAUAAAAUGUUCAUUUUCACAGCACUCUAGAGGAGGAUGAAUGUCCAGAGGGAAACAGCAGAACAAAAUGACACCAGUCAGUACUGUAGAUUUCGCUUAUAUAUAUUUUCUAAUUAUUGUGGCCACUGCUGCAAUGCCAUGAAGUAGUCAUUACUCCCACUUUUAAUUUGAAAUGACAGAUACAGGUAGAGGAGCAUAGAUAGAUACAGAUGGACAACAGGAGGGCUCCUCAAAGGGAAGCCAACAUGUCCUGACCGACCCCUGGUGGCAAGCUGCAGAAGAGGUCAUAAUCCCCACCUGCUCCAUGUGCGCUGAUGGGACAUGGACUAAACAAAAGUCAAAAUUUUCUCAAAGAUUGUUUCUGUCAUAUUAGGUAGUUCUUAUCACACUGGUGUUGGUUCAACUGUUCAUGUUUCUGAUGAGUUUGUUUCGAAUUAGUUAUUGGUUGCUAUAAAAAUGAGGUGAGACAUGAUAAUUGACCGCUGAGACUGACUUAUGAUUGGUCAAGCAGGUGCAUCUGUGGGAUCCUGCUACUGAGACUCCAUCCUCUGAUCGGUACUGCAAUGAUACUGCUUCCAAAUUAAGUCUUUGGUGCAAGAUGCUUUUUUGCUUUGUCUGAACACACCUUGAGGGUGUUUGAGCAGGAAACACUGUAAGGGCACUUUUAUUUUCACCACAACAGAGGGUUUUUUUCAAUACUACUUUUAUAUUUAUACCACACUGUCAGCCAAGGGACGAUUUGUCAAAUAAUGGGUUUGCAAAGAGGCAAGAUCUGUUUCAACAACUUAGUGCCACUAAUCCAAGUGAGAAUGAAAAAGAAUAAUUGUCCCUUGUUUUACUGCUUUCAUCCAGGAAAUAAUCUGUAUUUUUAUAUUUUACUGACUAGUUUCCUAACUGUAGACUGCAGAAGAACACAGACCUUUAAUCUGUGUUGUCAGCCAAUCAUCUCUGAAGUAUGGAUGUACCUCCCACUGCUGUUUGUAUUUGUCAGAGGAAAGAAUACUUGUAUAAUGCUCAAAGGGAAACGGACUGAGUUGAGCGAACCAAGAAAGUAGCAAACACCACGUGUGAACACGAUAAACUGAGACACCGGUCAAACAUGUUUUCUAACGCGCUGUAUCUCUCUGGGAGCCACGAUGUUUUAAUGAAACUUGGCCUUGGAUGUUGCUUCACCCAGUGGCCAUGAGCGGUUCUGCAUCUUAAACCUGCCUUAAUAAAUACAGUUUCUAACGUUGUAUUCAAUGUGAAAGGAGUUUCUUAUUAAGAUUAUCAUCAUCUCUUCUCUCUGCUAGCUCCAUGGACACGUUUAGACUCAUUGUUUUUUUGUUUUGGUUACGUAAAAAAAAAAUGAAUUUGAAAUGUCCAUGUUAGCAGAUGAGACAUGGACCAAACUAACAAGUCAAAGUGCAUGUUCUUCUCAAAGAUGUUUCUGCCAUUUUAGGUCAUUCUUAUGACACUGAUGUUUGUUCAAGUGCUCAUGUCGAUGACAAGUUUGAUUUUGCCUCUUACCUCAGCACAGGAGGUUAUGUUUUCACCCCUGUCUCUUUGAUUGUAAGCAAAAUUAUGCACAAACUACUGGACUGAUUACCAUGAGACUUGGAAGGUGUGGUAUGGGUCAGGGAUCCUGGUCAGGGUUCCUGAUCGGGGGCGGAUCCAGAAAUAUAUAUUUGUCACUUUCUUUGACAUUUUGAGAUGGUGGAAGUUUUUUGCAAUUGUCAAUGUUUUCCCAUAGAAUAAAUCAUGGAUCUUUAUCAACAAAAUCCGACAUAUGUAUGGAAGGGAUAUCUGUGAGUGUGUGAUUUGAUGCAGCUUGAUUGAAUUUCUGUGACUGUUGGUCCUUAGCAUAUGAGCUCUAUUGAAUCGCAUUCUAGUUAGUUAUUUGAUGAUAUGAAAACAGGAUAAAAUGUUAUGAUUGACAGCUAAGACUCAUGAUUGGUCGGAUGCAUUGGACGCCCACCAAUACUGCGAUGGCAGCUCUCGUAUCCAGGAUGUUUUGGCUUCACUUCUGGAUAGUGUGAUGAGGUGGAGAGGUCAUUGAUCGUCUUGGUUUUCCGUCAGUUAUUGUCUUUAAAUGCAGUCAUCAGUGGAGCCUUACACUAACAGUUUAAUAUCAUCAGCCCAGCAGAUGAGUACAUGAUGCCUCUGUUUAAAUGGUAAAAUUAGUAAAUCCACUUUCUUCCCAGGAGUGAAAGUGAAGAACUUGUGAACUUCAGUGAAGGCUACUUGUGUUUUAUGUUAAAAAGAGAAAAGUAUGUAAUAGGAUGAAUUGUAGUGUUAUAGACUUUAGCUCUGCUGUAGGGUUCCUAAUGUACGUAGAUUAUGGUUCAGUCGCUGUAGAUGGGGUCGACUCGUGUAAAGCAGCAGCAGGUUUGGUCUGACUUGGUGAGUUUUCUUUUGCCUUAUGUGACUCUAUCAAACUACUUACAUGUUCAUGUAUUAUACAAAGUGUUCUAAUGUGUUGUUUUUACCUUCAGUGCUGCUUGUUCUCAAGAAGCAAUUAAACUUGAAAUGGAAAAG